AUGGAAGCCCAAAUUGAUAAUGUUAAUUAUGCUGUUGAUAGAAAAAUGAGAGGAGAGUUCAUAUCCAAGUAUCACCGAGCUGUAUUUGAGCCUCUUUUAAUAGCUAAGUUUGGUGAAAAUAUCAUGGAUGCAUUGUUCUCAAGAUUUGCAAAGUUGCUUACACGACUCAUUGAGUUUGAGACAUUGGAAUUUACUAAUAUUGUAUUGUUCUUCACCAAAGAUUCUUAG